CACGUAUAACAGAUGUGUGAAUGCUUUCGAACAGACGUGUGAAUGAUUUCGAAAUUUCAUUUGACGCCAUUUUUAGUUGCUUUUUUGACAAGAGAAAUUGCGUCUUUUGCAAAGUUUGUGAAUAAAAAAAAUUAAAAAAUUUGACAGUCAAUAAGUUUUAUUUCGAGACUCGAAGGGAAAUUCUAACCUAACAUAGCAAAAAGCACAAAUUUUGUCUACAAAAGAUGAGUGGAAAAGUAUUAUUUGCCUGUUCGAAAUGCUUCUCGCGACAUCCGUUCGAAGAAUUGUCAUCGGGAACUCAGCUUUGCAAGAAUUGCCGCGGCUCUACCUCAAUAGUGAAAUGUACUUAUUGCCGUUCCGAAUUUCAGCCGAACACGAAAUCACAAAAUGUUUGCAAAAAAUGUGAGCAUAAUGUUAAUAAAUACGGCAAACCCAGUGCCUGCGAAUGUUGUAAAAUUGUUGCUGCUUUUGGCGGAUCCAAGUGCAUGAGAUGCGCUAGCUACGAAGCAAAAUAUGGCCCACCGGUUCAAUGUGACGAAUGUAAACUCCGAUCUGCCUUUGAUAGGCGGGAUGAAAAUAAAAAGGUAAAUGGUAAAUUGCUGUGUUGGCUCUGCACUUGUGCUUAUAAACGAGCUUUACUAAAGGCCCAGCAAGACGGACGAAUACCGUCAAAAAAGCGACCACACGAGAGGUCGCAUCGUGACAGUGCUUCAGCAUCAGCAAAAAAAUCUUCACGUAGUGACCUCUCCAAAGUGACUAGCAGUGGUAAUGCAGGCGUCAAUUUAUCGGCUGUAAAUUCGGCCAGCUUAGAUUUGCCGGAGAAAAUAUCGCGAGCAGCUUCCUCGUGCAGCGGUAACGGUAGCAUUGGCUUAGGUUCAAUAGCCGGUCCAGCUGUCAUUAGCAUUGAUCCAAAUUCCGCUGAUCAUGUAGUAGCAAUUACAACUUUGAAAGAACGCAUAGCCAGCCUUGAAAAGCGUUUAUCUCAAAAGGAUAAGGAAUUACUGGAAAAAGACAAAUUAUUGACCGAGCUUAAAGGUAAAAACUACGAAAAGGAAAUGGAGAUGCGAAACAAACUUAAGGAGAUCGAUCGUUUACAUGAAAUGAAAGUUGAAAAUUUGAAUCGGAAAGUGGCAUCUUUGCUUAAAGAAAUUGCAGGUCUUAAAAAAAGUAAUAAAAAGAACGGCGGUGCCGGCAAUCGCGAGAAGACUGAGCGCGAAAAACGGGAUCGGGAAAAUUUCUCGCCUAAGGAAGAGCUUACAGCAGCCAUAACAACUAAUGAGCCUUACGAUAAAAAUGAAGAUAGAGAGGAACGUAAUGAGAAGAACGUGAAAGAUGAUCGUAAAAUAGUCGAAAAUCGCAAAGUAAGCGAGGAACGCGAGAAGUCGCACGAAAUAGAGCAAAUUCAACAGCACGAUAAUGAGAAGGAUCAAGAAGAAGAGAAAAUGAGUGAACGUUCCCUUACACAUUCGGGUUCACGUUCCCGUUCACAGUCGAAUUCCCGCUCACAUUCACAGUCACGUUCUCAAUCUCGAUCAAAUUCAGGCUCCCGUUCUCGUUUUGGCUCCCGCUCAAAUUCAGCGGAUUCAAACUGAAAGCUGCAACUCCAAAUGGCUUUAAUUUAACAUAUUAUUUCUUAACAUUGGAUUUUUAUUACAUUCGACGCUUCUUCUUUUCAGCCGAUGCAGUCAAAUCUCGAAGAUUCUGAAACAAACACCUAUCAUCGCCUAUAUACAUUAAAUAUUGCUUAAAUUUAAUUUUACUUUCCUUUUUUCUCCUUUUAAUUAGCUCUUAAUUUCAAUAUUUUCUUACUCUAGUUUAAUUAACUUCAAAGCCAAGAACUAAUCAUAUAUCAUUGAUUUCUGUUUUAAUUAAAAAUUAAUUCUUA